AUGUUUGGAUUAGGCAAACUAUUAUACGUCAUCAUCUUGACGAUAAACGGUAUAGCUGUGCUCAGCGAGGAUCGAUUCUUGAACAGAAUAGGAUGGGGCUCAACAACAGCAGCAGCAAACGCCAAUGGCAACUUGCAGAACCAGUUCAAUCAGUUCAACACUGGCUUGGAGCUGAGCGAAGGUUCAAUAAAGACGAAAUUGAUCAAUCUAAUAAGCGCCGUGAGGACGUUGAUGAGGAUACCUUUGAUUGGGGUGAAUAUCGGCAUGAUCUUGUACGAGUUGAUUCUAGGUUGA